AUGUAUAUAUAUGUGUGCAUGUGUGCAUGUGUUCAUGUAUGCAUGUUUACGUAUGUAUGCAUUUAUGUAUGUACGUAUGUUUGUAUGCAUGUAUGGACAUAUGUAUGUACAUGUUUCUCCCUUUUAUACACAAUUCAGGAACUAACAAGCGAAAUCGAAUUAACUUCCCUUUUUAUGAAACUAUCUGAUGGUUCGAAAACUGUAAAUUCUGAGAAUGCAUUGGAGAUUGUGUAUAAGUUGGGCUAUGUUCCGUCAAAGGAUGACAUCGAUGAAUUUAUUUGUGUUACCAAUGGUGUUUGUUCUCUGUCAAAUAUAAAAAAGUUUUGCAAAAAAUUGAAGUCAUGUAAUUACUCUACCGAUGGAUUGUUAGAUGUGUUUAAUUAUUACGAUGUUCAUAGAACAGGAAAAAUUUCAAAGGACCAAUUUAAGCUUCUAUUCACUACUAUUGGUUCAAAAAUGUCCAACGCAGAAAUGGAAGAAAUUAUAAGGGAAUUGUGCAAUGAUAGUGAUCAAAUAUGUUAUGAGGAGUUCUUGAGCAAGUAA